AUGACUUCAGAUGUACAGAUCAAACUACGAGCAUUUGUUGAAAUGCUUCUUGCCUACUUGAAGCAAAUGAAUACUCCGCCAACAUUGAAAACUGCAGAUGUAGACUAUAAAAUGGUGAAGGAAGAACUCUCCAAGUUGGGUACUAUAUUAAUGGACAACGCAACGAGGUUUACUAUAUCCUGUAAACCACCCUGUUCAACGGACGCAGCUCUAUUAACAAUCGACAACAUGGCCAACACAUUGUUUCGAAUAACUGGCAAUGUUGAAUCGCUUCCUCUAUCUUCGGGUAAGACAUUGAUAUCCGAAGUACGAUCUUGUACUGCAGAGAUCUUGUUAUCAUCGGCGGCAUUGGCCAAUGGCUUCCUGGAAACACCUGUUCAAUUGGAAGCGACUCGUCAUGGAGGAUACUUGGUUUCUACUGGCCUUGUCUGGCAAGCGUGUGAAGUGUUUAAGAAGCUGCCUGGAGAUAAUAAGGAAGCAGUUACGAAAAAGUGGAGGCAUACAUGUGAACUUACCGAUGAGGAUGAUGAGUGGAGUGCAGCUGAAUCAAAGAUGACAGAGUCGGAGAAAAAAGUGACAGGAUCGUGUAUAAUAUUGGUUAAACUGACAAAAAUGUUGUUGAAGAAAACUCUCCAGAGAUGUAUACAAUCUAUAGAGAUCAAUAGUGAGAACAAUUUGUGGUUAGAUGAUAUUUUGGAAAAAGGGACAGCUAUUGUCACUUGUAUUGAUGACCUCGGUUGCAAUUUGUACCCUCCCCAGAAUUAUCAGAAUGUAAUUGCAUAUGCAAGAGAUUUCAGCUUGAUGUCAAAAGAACUGAUAAAACUUGCAAAACUACAUGCAACAGAAGAGCAUAUGGUGUGGUUUAACACGUGCGAAGAACAGUUUUCAAAGACAUUGGAUGCAAUAAUAGCAGAAGCUCGGCCAAGACAAUAA